AUGGCGAGCAGCAGCAGCAACAUCAUCACCAAGACCAAAUUUAUAGCAGGCGGGAAAUACAAACUAGUGCGGAAGAUAGGGGCUGGCUCCUUUGGGGACAUUUAUCUGGCUAUUAAUAUCACCAAUGGGGAGGAAGUUGCGGUGAAAUUAGAAUCUCAGAAAGCCAAACACCCCCUGCUACUCUAUGAAAGUAAACUGUAUAAGAUUCUUCAAGGUGGCGUUGGUAUCCCCCACAUACGCUGGUAUGGCCAGGAAAAGGAAUAUAAUGUGCUAGUCAUGGAUCUUCUGGGACCCAACCUUGAAGAUCUUUUCAAUUUCUGUUCACGGCGAUUCACCAUGAAAACUGUACUUCUGUUAGCUGACCAAAUGAUUAGUAGAAUUGAGUAUUUGCAUACAAAAAAUUUUAUCCACAGAGACAUUAAGCCAGGCAACUUCCUCAUGGGUAUUGGGCGUCACCACCGAAAAUUAAACCAGUUGUUCCUUAUUGAUUUUGGUUUGGCCAAAAAGUACAGAGACAACAAGACAAGACAACACAUACCAUACAGAGAAGAUAAAAACCUCACGGGUACUGCCCAGUAUGCUAGCAUCAAUGCACAUCUUGGUAUUGAGCAGAGUCGCCGAGAUGAUAUGGAAUCAUUAGGAUAUGUCUUGAUGUAUUUUAAUAGAACCAGCCUCCCAUGGCAGGGACUAAAAGCUACAACAAAGAAACAGAAAUACGAGAAGAUCAGUGAAAAGAAGAUGUCCACUCCAGUUGAAGUUUUAUGUAAGGGGUUCCCUGUAGAAUUUGCCAUGUACUUAAACUAUUGUCGUGGUCUGCGCUUUGAGGAAGCUCCGGAUUACAUGUACCUGAGGCAGCUAUUUCGUAUCCUCUUCAGGACCCUGAAUCUGCAGUAUGACUACUCAUUUGAUUGGACAAUGAUGAAGCAGAAAGCAGCACAACCAGCAGCCUCUUCGAGUGGACAGGGGCAAAAGGCCCAAACUCCUAAUGGUUUCUAA